AUGACUCCUCUCCGUCGCGCUGCGCUUCGACGCUCUACCAAACCGCCCGCCCUCCUUCUAUGGGCGCAUCGCACACGACCCCUAUCACCAUGGACUAAUCACGCAAGCCGAGCCGUGGCAAUUGCGCCAUGCCGGCCUCCGCCAAUCUUGCAAGCUCGGGCGGCAAGCUCCCUGCAUAGCAGCGCAGCAGAAGAGACAAGCGACGAGCCGACCAUUUACGCCCUCUCCACCGCUCCUGGAAGGGCCGCCAUUGCCGUCAUUCGGGUUUCCGGGUCAGCAUGCAUUGACAUCUACCACUCCCUCUGCCCCGGCAAGCCCCUCCCCCAGCCUCGCCACGCCGCCCUCCGCACCCUCUACGACCCCACCGCGCCCUCGCCGCCCCCGGAAUCCGCCAUCCUCGACAGCGCGCUCGUCCUCUUCUUCCGCGGCCCCCACUCCGUCACCGGCGAAGACCUGCUCGAACUGCACGUCCACGGCGGCCCCGCCAUCGUCCGCGCCGUGCUCUCCUCCAUCCCCAAAUGCCGCCCUUCCCCUCGCCCCCACGCCGGCGCCUGGAUCCGCUACGCCGAGCCGGGCGAGUUCACGCGGCGCGCGUACCUCAACGCGCGGCUCUCGCUGCCGCAGGUCGAGGCGCUGGGCGACGCGCUGACGGCGGCGACGGAGCAGCAGCGGCUGCUGGCGGUGCGGGGCAGCGCGUCGUCGUCGGCGUGGCGGCUGGCGGCGCGCUACGACGGCUGGCGCCGCCAGCUGCUGCUCGCCCGCGGCGAGCUCGAGGCCCUCAUCGACUUCGCCGAGGACCAGCACUUUGACGAGACGCCGGCGCAGCUGGCGGCGUCGGUGGCGGCGCAGGCGCGCGCGCUGCGCGCCGCCGUCGACGCGCACGCCCGGAACGCGGUCAGGGGCGAGCUGUUGCGUGGGGGGAUCAGCGUCGCGCUAUUGGGUGAGCCUAAUGCCGGGAAGAGCUCGUUGUUGAAUCGCGUGGUGGGGAGGGAGGCGGCUAUCGUUAGUCGGGAACGGGGGACGACGAGGGAUGUGGUUGAGACGGGGGUGGAUCUGGGAGGCUGGUUCUGCAGGAUCGGAGACACGGCGGGGUUGAGGGGAGCGUCGUCGUCGUCGUCGGCGGCGGCGUCGUCUGGUGGGAGCCGGGGGAGGGUUGGGGCGGUGGAGAUGGAAGGGAUUAGGCGGGCGAAGGAGAGGGCCGUUGCGGCGGACGUGGUCGUUUGCGUCUUCUCCGUCGAGGAGGACCCGGAUACGGGGCUGUCCGGGGUGUCGCUGAGCCCGGAGGUCGUGGAGACGGCACGGGAGUGCAUGAGCCGCGGCGGGCAGGUCACGGCCAUCGUCAACAAGUCCGACAUGCUGCCAUCGUCCGGCCGCGUCGAGCAGCAACGGCAGCAUCUGUCGGCCAUCCGCGCGCAUCUCGACAUUCCCCCUGAGCGUAUCCACUUCAUCUCCUGCAAGGAAGCCGCCGCGCCCUCUCCUCCCUCGACGUCUUCGCCCGACCCCGGUAACCUCCAAUCCUUCCUCUCCGGUCUCGUCUCCAUCUUCAAGGACAUGACCGCACCCAUCGUCCCGGAACUCGACGGCGUCGCCGCCACUUCCGACAUGUCCAUCUGGCAGGAAUCGCUGGGCGCGACAGAGCGCCAGAGGCUCCUGCUCGAGGAGUGCUCAGCACAUCUGGCGGAGUUUCUGAGAGAGGUUGAAGAGGGCGAGACCGACAUGGAAGGGGAGCUGGACAUCGUGCUGGCCGCCGAGAGCCUGAGGGCCGCUGCCAUGUGCCUGGCGAAGAUCACCGGGAAAGGCGAGGCCGGCGACGUGGAAGAGGUGCUGGGGGUGGUUUUUGAGAAGUUUUGCGUUGGGAAAUGA